ACAGAAAUAGGCAGGAGAAAACGUUUCCCAAACAAAAAUCCAAAACACCCUCCACCAAAAAAUUUAAAAAUUCUUCAAUAAUUUUGUAAUUUGCUCCUUUCCGGAGUCUUUCCUUUCUAAUAAGUUUUUUAACUUUUUAUUGGUUUUGUGUGGGCAAAGACGCAGGAUGAUCCUGUUAGUUGAAGAAAACUAUUUUUCAAUGAAAUUUCUCUGUGUAUUAGCAUUCUUCACUAUUGUUGAUGCGAAACCUAACAUCAUAAUUUUAGUUGCAGAUGACUUGGGUUUCAAUGAUUUGAGUUUUCAUGGUUCAGAACAGAUUCCAACACCGAAUCUUGACUCUUUGGCUAAAAAUGGUACUAUUUUGGACAAUUAUUAUGUGUGUCCAGUAUGUUCACCUUCAAGAGGAGCUUUGAUGACUGGUUUAUACCCGAUACAUACUGGAUUGCAACAUGGUCCGAUUCCGUCUUCUCAUCCGUAUGGUUUAUCUUUAAAAUUCCGUUUGCUGCCUGAAUGGCUAAAAAAUAUGACUUAUGACACUCAUGCCAUUGGCAAGUGGCAUCUGGGUUUUUUCAAGAAGAAUUAUACUCCUACUUUCAGAGGAUUUGAUUCCCAUUAUGGAUAUUGGAGUGGUGCAGAAGAUUAUUUUGAUCAUACACACCAAAUGGGUGAAUUGUGGGGUUUGGAUUUUCGCCAUAACAUGAAAUCUAUUACUGACAAAUUAGGUCAAUACUCAACAUCUUUAUAUACAGAACAGGCUGUGCAUCUUAUAAAAAAUCAUAAUAAAUCAAAACCUUUGUUUCUGUAUGUUGCUUAUCAAGCUGUUCAUUCAGCAAAUUCCUAUUCACCAUUGCAAGCACCAGAAGAGUAUAUCAAGAGAUUCUCUUACAUUGAGGACAAACAUAGGAGGGUCUUUGCUGCAAUGGUAUCAGCCAUGGAUGAUUCAGUGGGAAAAAUAGUCUCAACUCUGAAUUCCCAAAAUAUGUUGGACAAUAGUGUGAUACUCUUCACUACAGACAAUGGAGGUCCUGCAGCUGGAUUCAAUAACAAUGCAGCCUCUAACUGGCCCCUGCGUGGUGUGAAAGCAACUCUAUGGGAAGGGGGAGUAAGAGGAAUUUCUUUUAUAUGGAGUUCACUGCUGAAGAUCAGGAGAAUAUCUAAGGAUUUAAUGCACGUCACUGAUUGGUUGCCCACACUUUAUCGAGCUGCAGGUAGUGGCGAUGUGUCCCUUCUAGGUCCAUUGGAUGGAUAUGACAUGUGGGAUACACUGCGUGGUAAUAAACCCUCACCCCGUUCUGAAGUUUUGUUGAACAUAGAUCCUAUACACCAAAACUCUGCACUACGAGUUGGCCAAUAUAAAAUUAUCCAAGGUAAAAUGUACGAUGGCAACUGGAAUGGAUGGUAUGGGCCAUCUGGAAGAAAGAAUGUAUCUGAGGUCAUCUGUGGUCCAAAACCAGCCAAUGCAUCCACUAAUUGUCAACCUACUGUAAGACCCUGCUUAUUUAAUAUUGAAGACGAUCCCUGUGAAUAUUAUAACCUGGCAGCUGUAAAACCUGAGAUUCUGACUGCUCUAUUGAAAAGAUUAUCAGAGUAUAACUCAACUGCUGUACCACCUGGUAAUAAACCGAUGGAUCCAAUGAGUAAUCCAAAAUACCAUAGUUACCAGUGGACCCAUUGGAUGGAUUGAAGGAUCACUAUAGAAUUUUAUUCUUAGUUAUUGUAUAAAUUGCUCUCCCUUGUAAAUAAUAUUUUUUCUAUUAAAAAGUGUCUCUCUAUUUAA